AUGAAUCAAAAACGGCCUAAGCAAAAGAAGGAUGAUCAGGGGGAUCAAGAAUAUGUUGUAGAAAAAAUUAUAGACAAACGAGUUCGAAAUGGAGUAACUGAGUACUUUUUGAGUUGGAAAGGGUUUCCGUCAUCGGAGAACACCUGGGAGCCAGAAGAAAAUCUUGAUUGUCCGGAUUUAAUCCAGGCAUUUGAAGUUCAAGAAAAGCGAACCAAAGAACAAAAACGAGCGAAGUGUUUUGAAAGAAUGGGACGAGGCUUCUUUGACCGAGGUUUGGAACCAGAACGAAUUGUUGGUGCCACAAAUAGCAGUGGGGAAUUAGAGCUGCUGAUUAAAUGGAAAGGAACUGAUUUGGCUGAUUUAGUUCCUGCAAAAAUUGCAAAUGAAAGAUGUCCUCAGCUUGUUAUCAAAUUCUACGAAGAACAUAUUCAGUGGAACAAUUGUGCACAAGUGUGA